UGACACACACAGCAUUUUUGCUGCGCCCACAUCUGAGCAGAGAGUAGCGCACUUUCGGUUCGCACAAUCCGUGUAUUUCAGGGUUUGCACUGAAAGAGGUGUGGAUAAAGUGAAUAAAAACAAUUAAGACAAAAGGAUUUGCCAGUGUCCAGAUUCUUUGGAACGGUCUCAUCAGAGGACGGCGGUAGCAUAUAGCACAUGCUGAGUGACAGAUGGAAAAAGAAAACAAAUUUAUAGUGCUUCUUCUACUAUCAUUUAUGGCCACCAUUAUUGGCACAUUGGUUUUGAAACUCAAGGAUAAUCAAACCAUAAAAACUCAUCUGACAAAUUAUACAGUCAAAAUCCAAGAGGCUUCACGUUUAAUAACGGCCAUCAAAAACUCUGAGCAUUUCAUGGUUUCUGCAUUUAUUGACCACAGACUGGACGGGGCCAUUCGAGUCAUCAGCAUAAUAAAAAGAAACAAUCUUCAGCCUCUUUACUGUGUUUACUGUACCCCCGAACAUGUCUGUGAAACUGUUGAGACUGAGGUCCAGAUACACGCAGACCAUUUUGGUUUUCCUUUUCAUGUCUCAGAUGUCAUUUGUAAAGGCAAGAAUAUGCAAAGUGCAUCACAUGUUCUCUUAACAACUCAACCAACAAAAUAUUUAGACAACCUUAAUAUGGAGUAUUUGCUGAUCAAAAAUAAUUUGGUAACAGACCGUUUCAGGUAUAACUUCACUGUCUGCAUCUCCAAUCUUUUUGGAAGCUACAACAAUGUACUGCAGUUUGCUCAAACUAUGGAAAUGUACAAACUUUUGGGUGUACAGCAUGUGGUCAUCUAUAAUACCAGCUGUGGUCCAGACUUGAAGAAGCUUCUAAUACAUUAUGAAUCAGAAGGGAUACUGGAGAUUGUUUCGUGGCCUAUUGACAAGUUUCUGAAUCCCUCCCCAGGCUGGAAUUUUCAAGAACACAAGGGCGAUCUCCAUUAUUAUGGUCAGUUAGUAACACUCAACGAGUGCAUCUACAGGCACAUGUAUCAAUCCAAAUAUGUUCUUCUGAAUGACAUUGAUGAGAUCAUCAUGCCAUACAAAUACACACAUUUACAGUCUCUUAUGGAGGACCUCCAGUCUGCUGAUCCCAGUAAAGGAGUGUUCCUCAUAGAGAACCACAUAUUCCCUAAAACACAGUUUGAGGACAGCGGGAAGUUCAAGCGAAAAGAAUGGAAUAAUAUUGCUGGAAUCAAUAUCAUGGAGCACAUUUACAGAGAACCUGAACGAAAGAAUAUUUACAAUCCCACAAAGAUGAUAGUCAACCCAAGGAAGGUAGAGCAGACAUCAGUACAUUCCUCUUUGAAAAACUUUGGAGGCAGUUACCAUGUGCCAUUUGAUGUAUGUAGGAUUGUGCAUGUGAGAGUCCCGCUGCAGGGGCAUCUGACCAAAGAGGAACUCUUCGUAGACAAAAGAGUCUGGGACUUUGAAAAGGAUUUGAUACCAAAUGUUGAUAGAACUUUGAAACUUUCUGGCCUCCUCAAGGAUUCCACCUGAAAUGUUUUCAUCAAUGAUUUGAAGAAAAAAAUGCCAUCAUGAAAUCCCUACAAAAAAAAAAGAAAAAAAUUCCCAGCACAAUUAAACUAAGCCAUUGAGGCUACUCAAUUUCUGAAAAUAAAUGAAGUGUAACUUU